UGUACAAUAACACUUUUAAUGAAACUUUAACUUUAAUGGCACUUUACAUAUCUAUUGCCAUUAUUAUUCAGGUUAUCGUGAUCUAAUUUGGUUAAAACAAUAAAAUUGCAUAGUUAUUUAUUGUUAUUUAUCUAUCAUGCGAUAAAACACAAAAAUCAUAAGAAAUUCAAAGCGUACUUAUUUAUAAGCGAUAAGCACAUCAUUACUUUUAGUACUAUAAAUACAUCAAACCAAUAAUCAUCAAUCACGAAUCGUAUUCAUGAGGUUAUCUUAGACAAGCAUGCAUGAUAAGAUUAUCUAUGUUAUGUCAUAAUUGAAAAAUUGUUAUAAAUAUUAUGUCAACACUUCAAUCACGAACUUGUAGCUGUACUUAAAAAGUGUCAGGUUUAGAAAUUAAAAUAAUGCCGGCUGCCUUUUAAGAAUUGUCACCAACAAUAUGAAACUGAUUUUCGAAAUUUUAGUUGUUCUGUCUGUUACCGGCAGUUAUGGACAGAACACAUGUAACAUAUAUUGCGAUGGGAGGAAUCCGGAUUUGUCGAUAGAUACUCGGGUCAUUCUGUCCACGGAAUUGUUCGGAAGGCAAAUCUCACUUUACAUUUCGGAUGCAGACAACAUGGGUUUCGCCGAGAUUUCAAAUGGCGACCCGACUGACUUAAUCUGGUUGGAUCGGUCAUGGGACGGAGGGAUCUCUUGGACCGGUAAAUUAGGCGAGGUCACAAUUCCCACGGGCUCAAGGUCUACGAAUACAAUGUUGUACAAUGUGGACAAUCCUGCAGAUAGGCAAAUUGGUGCCUUGAGAGCAUGUGGUCAGCCAGGCAACCGUGACGUAAUUGCAUGCACUGGGUGGGCACGUUCCUCCGUGUCUGCAGGAACACCUGUCGAUGCCGCAGCGACGGCUCUCAUGCAGUUCUACGAUGGGACCCUUUGGCCGACGACAGGUUGGUGGAAUGGGGCGAAUUGUCUGCAAGCCAUCAUUGAUUACAUUAAGGUCACGGGCAACAGAAACUACUUGUAUGUCGUGGACGAAGUUUUCGAGAAGAACAAGGACUUGCAUGACGGCAAUUUUACUAAUGAGUACAUUGAUGACACACUUUGGUGGGGAUUGGCUUGGGUGGGGGCGUAUGACAUCACAGGGGACAAUAAAUACUUGGAAAUGGCCAAAGUUGACUCGGAUUACAGCUACCUGUACAAAGAUGACGUUUGUGGGGGUGGUUUGUGGUGGAAAACGGACAGAAAUUACAAGAAUGCAAUUCCUAACGAGCUAUUCAUCAAGUUAGCUGCAUCACUUCACAAUAGGAUUCCUGGGGAUACAAUGUACCUCAAUCAAGCGGUGGAAGUCGUCGAGUGGUUUAAAAUGAGUGGAAUGAUCAAUGCGGAAAACUUAAUUAAUGAUGGACUGACUUCAGACUGUAGAAACAAUGGGCAGGUGACAUGGUCCUAUAAUCAGGGUGUCAUCCUAGGUGGAUUGGUCGAGUUAGCGAUAGCAUCGGGCGAUCCUGAUGGAUCAUACAUCAAAUUAGCAACUGACAUUACAAAUGCAGUUAUUCAAAGCUCCAACCUCAACCCCAAUGGGAUAUUGUACGAAUAUGGAUGCGAAGGAGGUGGUGGUGAUUGCGGUGGGGACGGACCUUCAUUCAAGGGGAUUUUUACAAGGAAUCUUGGCGAACUUGACCGAUAUCUUCCAAAUAGACCCUACAAGUCAUGGUUGGAAGCACAAGCGGCUUCAAAUUGGAACAAUAAUAGAAACAGCUUGAACCAAUUUGGUGUCCAUUGGUCAGGUCCAUUUGAUAGAGCAAACGGUGCAAACCAACACAGCGCGUUCGAAGCAUUUACAGCAGCAGUUUAAAAUUAAAGAUACCCAGAAUAAUACCACAAAAACAAUUUUAAAUAGACACAUUUGUAAUAAUAAAAUUGUACUUCAUUAAUAAAUUACAGACACAUAUAUACUUACGUUGAUUUA